CACAGGCGGAAGUGAAAUUGUCAUCUAGGACUAGGUCACACCACUAUGAGUGUCUUCAUAUGAUGGGUGACCGGCGGAGUUGUCCAUUCAAUCAUUUCCUAAUGCAAAUUGUGAGCUUUAUCUGAACAAAUUAUUAGUGGUAGUGAUACACUUAUAGUACGGCAUCACCAGACGGCUGGCGGAGAGAUGGAACAGUCUGAGGAAGCUCAAAAUUCCUCGGAAGGAAAUGGAAAGGCUGGCCGUGUUAUCCGGAUGGGAACCAGAAAAAGUCAGUUGGCCCGGAUCCAGACUGACUUUGUUAGAGACAAGCUCAAGGAGCUUUAUCCGGAUGUCGACCUGCAGAUAGUUGCCAUGUCCACAAUUGGAGACCAAAUCCUGGACCGUGCUUUGUCAAAGAUUGGCGAGAAAAGUCUUUUCACCAAAGAACUUGAGAACGCCCUUGAAAAGAAUGAGGUCGAUAUUGUUGUACACUCCUUGAAAGACCUGCCUACUUCAUUACCCCCUGGGUUCACUAUUGGAGCUGUACUAGAACGUGAAAGUCCUUAUGAUGCUGUGGUUCUUCACCCUAAACAUGCAGGACGUUCACUAGACGUGCUGCCAGACAAAAGUGUGAUUGGCACAAGUUCCCUGCGCCGAGCUGCUCAAUUGAAGAAAAGAUUCCCUCAUCUGGAGUUUGAGAAUAUUAGAGGUAACCUGAACACUCGACUGAAAAAGCUGGAUGAGAAGGAGGACUAUGCAGCAAUCAUCCUUGCUGCGGCAGGACUCAAGAGAAUGGGCUGGGAGAGUCGCGUCAGCCAGAUCCUUGAGCCAUCUGAUUGUAUGUAUGCUGUGGGUCAGGGAGCUUUGGCGGUGGAGGUUCGUGCACGAGACAGAGACAUACUAAACAUGGUGUCUAUUCUCCACCAUCACGACACGGUGCUACGCUGCGUUGCAGAGAGGGCUUUUCUUCGACAGCUGGAGGGUGGCUGCAGUGUACCAGUUGCUGUCCACACUGAAGUGAAAGACUCCCUGCUCUAUCUAACAGGAGCAGUAUACAGUCUGGACGGUUCUGACAGCUUGAAGGAGACCAUGCAGACUAGUGUUCUCCCAGACAAUGAGGUGGUCCAAUCUGCGGACGACUGUUCCCAUGUUGGGGUGACUGCUUGUAACAUACCCGAGUUCUCCCUGGCUGCUGCUGAGAAGCUCGGGGUGGACCUGGCAGCUCUUCUGCUGAGCAAAGGAGCCAAGGACAUUCUGACCACUGCACGGCAGCUCAACGACGCUCGAUGAGUUGUCCACCUGUGCUGUCAGGAGAUUCUGUGUUCUGGCCAUAUGUUGGUCUCCACUACACCUACCCACAACUUAUUUGCUGUAGUUCUCAGUUAUAAAUAUAGUGUAAUUUCAAACUUUUGAAAAGAGAAAGAAUUCCAGAUGAGGAAGUUGGUAGUUGUAGUAGGUAGAGAUAAGUCACGACUCAGUACCCUCCAAGCUUUAAACAAUAGUCAACACUGAAUUUCAUUUUGGUAAAUCAACCACUUUGACACACAGCAGGAAAUAUCACGCAAGCAUGUUUUGUCCCUAUGUGUAACAAGAAAUGUAUCAAAAACAUAUUGUGGAGUGCAGUCUUUAAAAAAUAAUUUAUUGAUGUCAUUUAAACCCAUAUGGUCAUAUCAUUCUUUUGUCGAUUUUGAAUGAGAAAAGCCUGCUUCAUAGACAUUCUUACUGACUGACUACAUGAUUGUCAAAGUAUUUUCAAGUUGUCUAAAAAAAAAAAAAAACUAUUUUAUGGUAUUAUUUAUGAUUUUUAAGAUGUGGUGGCUGUAUUCUUAGAAUAUUGUCAAUGGGGUGUACCGUUGUAUAUAUGUAAAUGAGAGGCUGUAACAAAAAUCAGGGCAAUACUAUUUUAGCACUGCAUUUACAUACUGUUCAUGUGCCUUUCAUGAUCAACAGCCUUAAACAAUUAUAUGUACAAUUUUUAAAUAAAACAAGGUUAA